CAAGUGCGUUAAAUAUUGUGGCCAAGCAAAAAAUGUCUCUAGAUGUCAAUAUAAGUGAACCAGACGAAUUCAACUGCAUAGAACUUCACGGUGUCUUAAACGAUGUAGCAAAAUUAAAAUCCAUUGAUGAUUUUAGAUAUCACGUUGACUUGAUCAGCGGGAAAGGAGAAAGUUAUGUGGCGAAUACUUUCAGAGUUACUAUUACAGAUGUUGGAAAUGAAGGAAACGUUGUUAAUGUUAUAGUUAAAACAUUGGUUAAUACGGAAAGACAAAUUUUAUUUCAUAAAUUACACGAACGAGAAGUGGCAGUUUAUAAACAUAUUGUGCCAGUGUUUAAUAAAAUACAUGACAAUAAAAAUAAUAAAUUAGGCAAUAAAAUAGUUUUGCCUGAAUGUUUGUUGUCGUGUGCAGAGACAAAAAAAGAAGUGAUCAUAUUGGAAGAUUUGAUAGAAGAUGGAUGGUCACCUGAUGUUAGACAGUCGUUACAUGAAGAAUUGGAUUAUACAAAAGUACAUACUGUUAUGACAGCGUUAGCAAAUUUUCACGCUCUAUCUUUUAUAUUCGAAAAGUUUUAUCCAGAAGAAUUCGUCGAAGUGAAAUCUCAGUUUCAGGAUCUCUUGUAUGAUGAUAAUUUUCUCAGUAAAACUAAAUUAGUAAAUUACAUGUUCGACUCAUAUGAUUCGUCAUUGAAGCUAGUCAAUGAUGUUGAAGCUAAAGAGAAAUUAUCUGUGAUAAAACCGAAAAUAUUAGAUAUUUUGAGGGCAUAUACGAAACCUGGCAAAUAUAACGUACUUUGCCACGGUGACUGUUGGAUCAAUAAUAUGCUUUUUAAACACAGGAGAGACAAAUCAACUCGAGUAUGUUUCAUCGAUUUUCAAGCAGUAAGAUAUGCCAGUCCAGUGACAGAUAUAAUUUACUUUUUAUAUCUUUGCACAAAUUCUAGAUUCAGAUCUGAACACUUUGUGAAACUAAAAAGUGAAUAUUACGAUACUUUAAAAUCAACUUUAACACUAUACGAAUUAGAUGUAAAUUCGCUUUAUCCGAUUGAAGAUUUCGAAAAGGAAAUCAACGACGCAAUGCAGUAUGGUUUGAUAAUAGCUAUGGUGGAAUUAAAAGUUGUAAACACUCUUCUUGAAGAUGAAGUUAUGGUAGAAGAAGGUGAUAUAUUACCAGAGACAACAGUACACGAAAUGUUAGAUGAAACAGAUUUGUUGCAAACAAAAAUCAAUGAUGUAGUACAAGAAGCAGUUAAAAAUGGCGUUUUGGAUAAACUUUUAAAUAAAAUUACAAAAUAGAAUCAAUAAUAAUAAAUAUUAUCUAGUUAAUAUAUAUUUUUUUAAAGUAACAUAUAGCUUUCAUCAUUAUAUCAGCCUUUAAUCGUCCACUGCUGAAUACAAGCCUCCCCCUUUGGGGGAUCUGCCAGUAAUUGCCACGCUUGGCAGGCGGAUUGUCAACCGCAGUCAGGCUGUUUAAACAGAUGUUUAAGAGGAACGCCUAUCCCUUGCCCGCCCCUAGUCGCCUCUACGACACCUACGGGAAAGGAAUUAUGGCCUAUUCUAUACCGGGACUACACGGCCAUAGCUUAUGUUACCGGUUGAUAAUGUAGUUAAGUAUUUUCGUUCGUUCAUAUUCUAUUCAUUCUUUUGGACGUCUCGGAAAAAUACAUACAAUUUUUCGUAAUGUAUUUUUCCGAGAUUAUAAAUUCUUGCGAUUAUGGAGUCCUUUAAAGGCUAGGGCAAUGCAGAAUCUAUUAUGUGAAUUUUAAGUUUUCAUCUCAUUUUAUUUUGACUUUUGGAAGCUUCUGAUACACUUCUAUUGCGCUUUUAUUUGUAUUAAAAAAAUCAUUAAAAUAUUGUAAUACAAUCAGUUUAGAAUCGAGUUUAAAGGCGAGUUUAUUUAUAUAAAAUAGAUUUACAUACAUACAUAGGUACAUAUAGAGAGGCGUGACAAAAAGAGAAAAUUUCAAA